GUAUCGGUUCCGGGGUUGCAAUAAGCCUUACGAAUGUUCCCUCGCUCGCCGUGGUAUCUCAUCGCUUCCAGCGACGUAGAGCUCUCGUGAUGGCACUCGUCAUUACAGGGCCGUCGAUGGCUUUAAUCUUGCAUCCGAUUAUGCUCAACAACCUUAUCAAUGGAAGACUUGGCUUUGCAAAUGGUGUCCGUGCUUCCACCGUUUCUCAAGGUCAUGAGCUACACUCGUGUUUUACAUAACUCGUGGAGAGAUCGUCCUUGUGUUUGUGCGUGUUCAGGGAUGGCUGCUUUCGAAGUCGGAUUAUUUUUCAUGUUAUUUUAUCUCCAAGCGGACUCCCGUUUGCACGGUCUAAGCAAAGGAUUUACGUUUUAUUCGCUUACAAUCUUCAAUACUGGUUCUUUGAUGGGAAGACUUACCGCUGGCGUUGUCUCCGCCUACGUGGGCAUCCCGAAUACGGUCGCCGGCUGCUCGUUCAUAUCAUCUGCUGUAGUGUUUUCAAUGAUCGGCUUGCGAUCAGUGACCAGCGCGGCACUGAUAGGUAUUAGCUAUGGUUAUUUUUUUGGAGGCUGUGCGUAGGCUCUUGACACACUUCCAACACUCACUAAGUGC